AUGUUUGCAUCAACCUUCAGAAGUCAAGCUGUAAGAGCUGCAAGAUUUACUAGAUUCCAAUCCACUUUUGCCAUUCCAGAGAAGCAAAUGGGUGUUAUCUUUGAAACUCAUGGUGGUCCUUUACAAUACAAGGAAAUUCCAGUUCCAAAACCAAAGCCAACUGAAAUUUUAAUCAAUGUUAAAUACUCUGGUGUCUGCCAUACCGAUUUACACGCAUGGAAAGGUGACUGGCCAUUACCAGCAAAGUUACCCCUAGUUGGUGGUCACGAAGGUGCGGGCAUUGUUGUUGCGAAAGGUUCUGCAGUUACCAACUUUGAGAUUGGCGAUUAUGCUGGUAUUAAGUGGUUAAACGGUUCAUGUAUGUCAUGUGAAUUCUGUGAACAAGGUGAUGAAUCUAACUGUGAACAUGCCGAUUUGAGUGGUUAUACUCAUGAUGGUUCUUUCCAACAAUAUGCCACUGCUGACGCUAUUCAAGCUGCAAAGAUCCCAAAGGGUACCGACUUAUCUGAAGUUGCCCCAAUUUUAUGUGCUGGUGUUACUGUCUAUAAAGCUUUGAAAACUGCUGAUUUAAGAGCAGGUCAAUGGGUUGCGAUUUCUGGUGCCGCUGGUGGUCUAGGUUCUCUUGCUGUCCAAUAUGCAAAGGCAAUGGGUCUAAGAGUUUUAGGUAUCGAUGGUGGUGAAGGUAAAAAGGAACUUUUUGAACAAUGUGGUGGUGAUGUGUUUAUCGAUUUUACCAGAUACCCAAGAGAUGCACCUGAAAAGAUGGUUGCUGAUAUUAAGGCUGCAACUAACGGUUUGGGUCCACACGGUGUUAUCAAUGUCUCUGUCUCCCCAGCUGCUAUCUCUCAAUCAUGUGACUAUGUUAGAGCAACUGGUAAGGUUGUCCUUGUCGGUAUGCCAUCUGGUGCUGUCUGUAAGUCUGAUGUCUUCACUCAUGUUGUUAAAUCUUUACAAAUUAAAGGUUCUUAUGUUGGUAACAGAGCAGAUACCAGAGAAGCUUUGGAAUUCUUUAAUGAAGGUAAGGUCAGAUCUCCAAUCAAGGUUGUCCCAUUAUCUACUUUACCUGAAAUUUACGAAUUGAUGGAGCAAGGUAAGAUUUUAGGUAGAUACGUUGUUGAUACUUCUAAAUAA